UUUCCAUUCAUCAGCACUAAAAAUACAGUCCAUUUCAAUAUUCACGCCCCUCAGUGCUUAUUUACUUUCUGUUAGAGGCUCUUAAAACCAAUUUGGAGCAAAAUAACGAUCCGUCCAGCCAUAGAUCAAUAGCUUUAAUCUGCAACGAGUGUCAGUCGCAGCUCCGCAUGUAGGAGAAUGCAGACAGGAGGGGUGGAGUUCACGGCUUUUACUUUUCACACGCUGCACUGGCAGAACAGCUCAUUCUUUGCCUGGAAAACAGCGGAGUUGGUGCCGAUGCGUCCUGGCAUGUGACUCCACUUCAGUCAAAUCAAUCGCCUGCUCUGCUGCAGCCUCCCAUUAAACUUUCCAUGCUGUUUCCCGUCCAAUGGACAGCACUUAGAAGGUUUGUGUGGACCGUUUCAGCUUCUGUUCGCUCGACUGCUGCGCUCCGGCUCCACGCCGUCGGCUCUCCAGGUUCAGAGGGACUCACGCGGCUCGGAGAGCUGGCCUGGGUCUCCUGCGCGCAUGGAGGGAGACGUUAUGGACAAGGUGGAGGCCACGGCGACGGUCCGUGACUUCGACCCUAUCAGUGGGAGCAUCCCGGCCACCAAAGUGGAGAUCACCGUGUCCUGCAGGAAUCUGCUGGACCGAGACACUUUCUCCAAAUCCGACCCAUUGGUUGUGUUGUACACACAGGGUGUGGAGUCCAAACAAUGGAGAGAGUUUGGGAGAACAGAGGUGAUAGACAACACGCUAAACCCAGACUUUGUCAGGAAGUACAUCCUGGACUACUUCUUUGAGGAGAAACAGAACCUGCGCUUUGACGUGUAUGAUAUUGAUUCUAAAAGUCCAGAUCUGGCAAAGCAUCCACCCGACUUUAACGACUUCCUGGGACAGGUCUACUGUACGCUGGGAGAGAUUGUGGGCUCACCUGCCAGUCGCCUGGAGAAGCCUCUAGGUGGCAUACCUGGGAAGAAAUGUGGGACCAUUGUCUUGUCGGCUGAGGAGCUGGGAAACUGCAGAGAUUACGCCACCAUGCAAUUCUGUGCCAACAAACUGGAUAAAAAGGACUUCUUUGGAAAGUCGGACCCCUUCAUGGUCUUCUACAGAAGCAACGAGGAUGGCACGUUCACCAUCUGCCACAAGACUGAAGUGGUGAAAAACACGCUGAACCCUGUGUGGCAGGCCUUCUCUAUCCCUGUCAGAGCACUCUGCAAUGGAGACUAUGACAGGACAAUCAAAGUGGAGGUGUAUGACUGGGACAGAGAUGGGAGUCACGAUUUCAUCGGCGAAUUCACCACGAGCUACAAAGAGCUCUGUCGAGGUCAGAACCAGUUAAAUGUCUACGAGGUGGUGAAUCCCAAGAAGAAAUUAAAGAAAAAGAGAUACAUCAACUCCGGGACGGUGUCCUUGUUGUCAUUCAAUGUGGAGUCAGAGCACACGUUUCUGGAUUACAUCAAAGGAGGGACUCAGAUUCACUUCACAGUGGCCAUUGAUUUCACUGCAUCAAAUGGAAACCCAUCCCAGUCCACUUCACUGCACUACAUGAACCCUUACCAGAUGAAUGCCUAUGCCAUGGCCCUGAAGGCUGUGGGAGAGAUCAUCCAGGACUAUGACAGUGAUAAGAUGUUUCCUGCUCUGGGAUUUGGCGCUAAGCUGCCUCCUGAUUGGAGGGUCUCCCAUGAGUUUCCUCUGAAUGGAAACAUUGAGAACCCAUACUGUAAUGGCAUGGAGGGGAUUCUCGAAGCUUACCAUCAAAGCCUUAAGACGGUUCAGCUGUACGGACCCACCAACUUCGCUCCUGUUGUUAAUCACGUGGCAAGGUAUGCAGAAGCAGUGCAGGAUGGAUCUCAGUACUUUGUCCUGCUCAUCAUCACUGAUGGCGUCAUAUCCGACAUGGCUCAGACCAAGGAGGCCAUAGUGAAUGCAGCUAAACUCCCCAUGUCUAUCAUCAUUGUUGGAGUUGGCCAAGCUGAGUUUGAUGCUAUGGUUGAGCUGGAUGGCGAUGAUAUCAGGAUUUCCUCACGGGGGAAGUUGGCAGAGAGAGACAUUGUACAGUUUGUCCCAUUCAGAGACUACAUGGACCGCACAGGCAACCAUGUGCUGAGCAUGGCGCGGCUUGCCAAAGAUGUACUGGCAGAGAUACCCGACCAGCUCAUCUCCUACAUGAAGAGCAGAGGUAUUAAACCUAACCCCGUCCCACCGGCUUACUCGACUGGCGAACACCCCUCGACCAACCCCGUCUGAGCUCCACAGGCGGUUCCACGUCAGGGCAGGUUAGGGUCUGGAUUGAUGGGAACGCUUUCGAGGCUCUUUCGUAGAUAUUAAUCUGCCUGAAUGAUGAGACUCCAUUUUGUUCUGGAGAGAUAGGACUGCUUUUGGAGAACCUAUUGAUGAUCAGGGAGUUUGAAUAUGAGAGUGCUGAGAGGAGUCCGAUAUAAAAGGAAGGUUUUAGUUGUUUGCUGUCAAACCUGUCAAAGUGGUGAUGUAAUGGAUAGCAAGUAAACCCGUAGAGAGAGCCUGUUUGAAGGCAUAAUUAUAUUAGAAUGUGCCAGUGUGUAUCAUGUUUGUGAUACCUUUUGGAAUCAAUGUGUGUUAAACUAGGAAAUUAUGUGUAUACUAAUUUAUUUAUUUAUUUAUUUAUUUAUUGCAGAUGUAAUUUAUUCCUUUGGAGGGAUUUUAAGGGUGGGGGAUUAAAGUCAUAUUUCCCCUGUAGUUUUCCAUCUUAUAUUUUGUGACCAGUGUAAUAAAAAAAAUCCCCAUUUCUACUUUGAUAAGGACUGUAAUAUAGAAGCAUGUGAUAAAAUCUGUUAAGCAGUUUAUGAAUCAUUUUCACUGAUGGAUAAUUUUCGAUUGCAAGCUGUUAUAUAGAGGACCUGCUGUGAGCUGUCGCCAUACUGAUUAUCCAGCACCAUGUCUUAUAUGUCUUUCCUAUAUUUAUAAUUAACAGAAUGCACUAAUUACCAUCCAAAUAAAAAGCACAAAGGUUAUCAUAUUAAUAAGCUGAAAACAACUGUUUUGAAUGAACCAAAAGCAGCCACAAUGAAAAUAAUGGAAAGAACCCCACAUUAUGUUGUCAGCACGGCUUUAACAUUGUCUUCCACCACCAUUUUAAACAAAAGGAAGAAUGUUUAUGAUAAAAUGACAAUAUUGUUAUACUGACAUAACUUUUCAUCAUAGAAACAGGAUGUUUACAGGCAAACAGAUGAAUAAGUGUGUACUUGCUUUCCAUGUUGGUAUGCAGAGAGGUAAAUUCUACCGCUUCAGUCUUGCUGCUGUGUCUCAUUUGUCAUCUCGCUGUUUGUGUUUCUUUCCAUUAUAUUUGUUGUGGUUACAGUUUAUUGUCUGGGAUUUUGCUCAAUACCAAUUAGGGACCCUACAAAUAAGCUUUUGAAAGACUGAUGUCAACUAAUACCCAUUUUAUUCCCAACCCCCUCUUAAAUGGAAAACUGAAAAAGAAAACUGAAAAAUCAUUAACAAGAGCAUGAGAUAUUUGGGUGUUGAAUGUUUUUUUUUUUUAAAUGAUCAAAAGACAACAAAACAAAACAAAAACCAGUCAGGAGUCCAUCUUUUCUCAUUCAUCAAGUGUCUUGUGUAUGCAUUUUGUUUACUGUGGUUUACUCUUUUAUUUUAAUUAAGUGUUCCCAGAAAACCUGAUUUUACACCAAUUUACAACAGCCCAUUUUAUAACAAAACAUUGGGAUACCGUUUUAAUGCUUAAAGUACAAUUUCACAAUAUUGUUUUACACUUUAAUUGAAACCAGCUGUUGAUUUCUUCACUCAAUUUGUUCACUGCAUUUCUUUUUGGUGACUGUGUACAAAUUUUGUAAAGAGAGUCACAGCCCAUUCGUGGCCCAGUGGUGUACAUCCUAAUGUAUCUAUUUGUAAAGGCCAUCAUUUUUGUUAGUAUCUCUCAGUCACUCGAUAUCUCGAUCCAAAUGUGCCUAUUAUAUGGAAACAUAUCCAAAUUCAGUUUACCCAGGUGUUAUUCUGCCAGCAGCAGCAGCAGGUCUCAUGUUUAAGAUGUACUCACAGAAAAUGUUAGUGAUGACAAAACUGUUGCAAGAUUUGGACUAUUACAGCUGCAGAAGCUGAUACACACUGUCUCAAACCAGUGUUCUGUACUUUUUAUACUUACAACUCUUCACUAAGGAUCUUUGAAAUAAUAAAAGAGAACAGUGUCACUAAGCCUUGUUGUACAAUAUUCAAAGUCAAGACUUGUUUACAAUUCAACUGUGGCUACUCACAUUGCCUCAUGGAAAAAGUAAACAUUCAUGGGUUUCUUUAAGAAGUGAGUUCAUCUUUGAUCUGUUGUUUUUGUACAUUAAUCAGUUUUAUUUUGUACUUUGAGAGUUUCAUGGAAUGACACAGGAAAACUAACGUUUACAAAGAUUUGUCAUGUUGUUCCCUGAGAAUGUGAAGAUUUGUUAUUUUUUCUGUUUUGUGUUUAGAGCAAAUGUGUUUUAUGUGAUUCAUGUUGCUUUAUGAUCUUAGUUAUGCAUUCAAUGUUCUUUGACUCCCGUUGCUUUCAUGCUCUCAGAGAGAAGAUAAGAGUCUGAUGAUACUGCAGAAACUCAGUCCAGAGGCAGUGAACUCCUUCUGUCGCAGGCCCAGAUCCAUAUUUGACAUUUUUUUCUUGCUUUUGUAUUAAAUUUUUCACUAGUGAUGACAUCUCUCCCUCAGAAUACAAAGCAGCAUUGAAUCUGCUGCCAAUUUCACAGUCUCAUUAGAAAUGAAAUGAGGCCAUUAAGUUUCCUUUCAUAGCAUGCAUCUAUACCAGAAUACCUCUACAGAAAGCCAUUGAAGCCAAAAGGAAAUAAUUAAUAUACGAUGAAUACAUUUGUUAUGAAAUAUAUUUAAAGUAGUAUUAUGGAUUAAUAACUUAAAUAUCUCUUCCUCUUUAACUUCUACUUUUUAAGUAUGAUUUUUUUACAUUUUCCUUUUAAAAACAACUGCAAGUUGUUGUACUCCCCUAGGAAACGUGUGUAAUUUGGCAGGCAUGUUAAGUCAGCAUCAGCAUGC